AUGAUUUCGGUGAUGAACGGUAUCAAUAAUCCAGCGACAUUCGGCUUUACUGGUGGUUUAAUGGAUGCAAAGCCAUUCUAUCAUAAAUUCACCAAUGCUGCCAGCGCCACACAAAUGGGUAGCGUCUCAGCUGCACAACAAACCACCGAAAUAGAUCGUAAUACCCCUCCAGCACUUGCAACGAGUUCUUCCUCACAAAUGAUGAAUGUAAGCAGUGCGACAAUGCCCAUCACGGCACACACUCACCACGCAUCCACACACAACACCACAAAUCCCACCGUACAACAAUAUCCACAUCACCACCAUCCGUCCUAUCCGUACGACUGGACAUCACAUCAGCAGGUUGCUGCUCAGCUAUCGGCACAUCAAGCUGUUGCGGCGCAACAAGCUGCUGCCGUUCAGCAUGUUGCCGCAGCAGCUGUCGCUAACGUUGCUUCUGUUUCUUCGACCGCAUCAGGAUCUUCGAAUGGAAACUCACCGAACGUAACCACAAAAACUGCAUUCUUGUCUCCUCCUUCAGCAGCUGGUUUUGAUAUGAUGAAUCCAAUGUGCCAAGCGGAACUAUACGGGUCUAAUUUUCACGCAGCACAUGCGGCAGCUGCAGUGGCCUCGGGACAUUCAUGGCCAUAUGCAUAUCCACAGCAAUACGCUUUCGGCACUCAUCCUUAUCCAGGCGCCAUGGUAGCUGAUAUGACUGCCUUAACAGGUCGGUUCACCUUAACAGGUCAAUUCACUUAUGCACAUUAA